CACCUCUCCCCCCCUUCCCCUUGACGUCUUGACUCGCUCUGCCCUGGUCGCUGUGUUACGAGAUCUUUGGUCAACCCCAAUAUAACCCGGACAACCGAACCCGAAGGUGCCAUUAUCUCCGAGACUAACGGCCAAGGAGCUUCAACGAUCUGAUUCAGAGCAUGCGAUCAUAGCGCUGCGUGGGUGCACUUCAAUCCUUCGGCGCUUUGGCAGUUUAUUUCUCUUUUAUCUGUCCUCCCCCUCUCUUCGAUUGAACACAGUUAAGAUAAGCACGCUUGGCGAAACGUGCAUUCACCGUGCUAUACCCCCCUCCCUUCCUCACGCCUCGAGCUCAGGAUGCACGUAGAAGUGUGAUCGACACUCCCUCUUUUUUCCCGGCAAUUGCACAUUCCUCCAUAUUCGACACACCUUAGUUGCAUCAGACUUUCCUUCGCCGAACGAUGAAGAAGCUUCAGGGCCUGCUGGCCGUCGCCUGCACAAUCGGGUCCUUCGCCACGACCGCAACCGCAACCGCAACCUCCUCGUCCAAGGCGCAACCAGAACCGGUGAUCCACCGCACCUAUGGCGAGCUGCUCAACCACGACGACCCGGACCCAUUAUGGGAGCAAUACGGACUGAAUCGCUCGGAGGAGUUCAAGUACUUUCAAGAACCGGGCAACGAUGACAUUCUCGGCCAUUAUGACUCCCGAUUUUUCACCAAGCCCGUGGCGGACGAGGAGCGCUCCCUCACCUUGACGCAUAUGAUCCGCGCAUAUCUGAAUUUCUUCGAAGACAACGGGCUGGAGACGUGGAUCGCACAUGGUACGCUCUUGGGGUGGUGGUGGAAUGGAAAGGUCAUGCCGUGGGAUUGGGACAUUGACACCCAAGUCAUGGAGCCCACGCUGUUUCAACUGGCGGACCAUUUCAACCAGACCGUGGUCCAAUACAAGGACGAGGACGUGGAGCGCAAGUACCUUGUCGACGUGAACCCGUGGGCCCGUCAGCGCGAUCGCGGUAAAGGCCUGAAUAUCAUCGAUGCGCGCUGGAUCGACAUGAGCACCGGCUUGUACAUCGACAUCACGGGGCUGAGUCGAUUAAACGCAACCAACCCGACGCAGUGGCAAUGCAAGAACUUGCACAAAUACCAGACGGACGAGAUUUAUCCGUUGCGCCGCACGGCCUUUGAGGGGGUUCCGGCCAAGGUGCCCUUCAAGUAUGACCAGGUGCUGGAGGAUGAGUACUCGAAGAAGGCGUUGACAAAUACGCAUUAUCAUGAUCAUACAUUUGAUCCCAAGCUCGAAGAAUGGCUGUUAGAUAAGCCGAAGGCCGAGGAAAAGGAGGACGAUAAGGACGACCGGCAGUACGAAUGAAGCUGAUCUGGAGAGGUAUAUAAUCGCGCUGAUCCAAGCAUUUACGGGCAUAUUCUUGGGUAUAUAAAACGAUGUUGGUGGGCGUUUCCGGAGGGUAUGCGAUGGCGUUCGGAUAGGUUAGUAAGGUUAUUUGUCUAUCUAGUGUCUAUAGGGUCACUCGACCCGUCAGUACAGUAAUUGAUUAGUAAAUUCAGGAUUGAGAACCAAACCAACUGUGCGCCAAAUGAAGGGGCUCAAAUUGAGUGUAUGUGGAGCUGGCGGUUUAUCUCCGACAAGCCUUUUAUGUGUAAAUUAC